CUGUAGUAUUGUUAUUGAGCUGUUCCUUUAGACAUACCUGAGCCAUAUUUACCUGGGGCUGUUCUACACGUACUAUAACACACAGGUAAGGCCACACCUGUAAUCAGUGUUUACCUGAACUGGCGUUCUCUGCGGGACACGGCCGGAAUUCUCGCUUCUCGUACGACGUAACGGCGGUCAUCUACCUUUUUGUAACUCUGUAGUGACCAUCACUGAACUUGUGGGAUAUUGAUACAGAGCAGUCCGUGAGUGACCUAUGGGAGUAAGAAUUACCUGUUAAUCGAUGUGUGGGUGAUUACAUUGUUAUGAGAACAUUCCUGGCCUGUGACGUUUUUGUGAGUCAAUAAUAUGUCGGGCGCAGAGGACAGUAGCUCUGUGUCGUCUGCUUCGGAGGCAAUGGCAGCCGUCACAGAAGAUAACAGUGCCGUUGGUGAAAGUCUAGAUACAGAAUUUUAUGAAGAUGUGUUGGGACGAUUAGACAAUUUAGAGAUUUCGGCGAAUUUAGAUAUACCGGACGAGGAUAACGACGAUGAUAGUAGAAAUGACGAUACUCAGGAAACCGAGUCUCUUGGUGCCGAGUCGUCUGCUAGUGACAGCAGCAAAGAUGCUAAAUUCCCCGUUACGCCGGAACAUGGGAAACCAGAAGUCAAACCAACACAACCGGAAGUGAGUCGUUCGAAGUCAACAACAACGCCAAAUAAGAAAACAUCUAUAGAUUCCAAAGAUUCCAAAGAUAUAAAAUCUAAAGGGUCGGUAUUUUCGAAAUUAAGACGUUUGACCAAAGCAGAUAAAAAGAGUCGCAAAAAGCACGAAGACUCGCCACUUAGUGAUAUCAAAAUUGAGAAGUUGCCACAGGUGUUUGUCGCUAAAUAUCUCGGUAAAAAGACAACCAAAGGACUGUUUGGACUUCAACAUGUACGGAAACCUGUUGACAGAAUGAUUGGUUCCCUAAAGAAAGAUUUAAGUGAAAACGAAAAGGUGGAGCUACCAUUGACGUAUAUUGUGAUAUCCUCCAAAGGGAUCGAGAUUAGAGAACACGCGGCUUCAAGGGUGAAGGAUGUUGGCAAUGUAGGACUUGUUCCAAUAGAUUUUAUAUCUUACGGUGUUCAGGACAUCAAAUUCUGGAAAAUAUUCACAUUCAUCGUGGUCAGUGAACUUUCUUCUCGUGCCAAGACCACGGAGUGUCACGCGGUUCUCUGUGAUUCUGACGUCACUGCCAGGAAGAUGGCAUUAUCUCUAGCAGCAUCUUUCCAUGUUUACAAGAAAAAACUCAGCAAGGAGGGAAAACCCAACAACUUUAAAGUAGAACUCCGACUCCCGGACGAACUAGCUGAAGCUUUCGAAGAGGAAUGCGAGGCUUAGUCAACAUAGGAAAGUGUUAGGGGAUUAAACAAGGGCCUAUAUCGAAUUGGAAUGGGGUUUGAGGCUAUUUGAGUCAGAAAUCUGCCGAGAAGAUUAACGUAUUAAAUAUCUUACUACCUGUAUGCCAAAUAUAGUCACGAGAUUCCGGGCCAGUGUAAGUUUAUCGUGUUUAUUACAUUACAUUGAGUACCUGCACAAUGACGUAAGAGGGGUGCUAAAGUCCAUUGUCAGGACGGCAAAAGCUUUGUAGUUUAUACGAUUUAAAAACAAAAUUAGAAAAAUUAGCACGAAACAACAUUCCAAUGAAAAAGAAUUAUGAUGCGCAAAUCUUUUUUGUUGUAAGUCAGACUGACAAUGUUCAAAAAAUAAAAUAAAGUUUGUAAACAUGG